AUGUAUAGUUCCGCAACUAGCGCCAGCUCUAGUGUAGCGGUCAGUUCUAGUGUAGCUACCAAUUCUAGUAUAGCAGUUGUUCCUUUGACGAAUGCAAAACCAGAUCCAUGUGUUGGCAGGAAAAAUAAAGUGCAACAAAGUAACUCUUUUGAAAAAAUUAGUGAGACUACACUAGACUCGAUAGAAAUUGAAGUGCAGUGUACUGCCUCUUUGGGUAAUACUGUUGAUACCAAAAAAGCUGGCAGCUCCGGAUCACUUCACGUGGAUCCUACUGAUGGGGGUGAUAUCACUGAGGAGCCAAAAGUAGGAAUCUGCUUUGAAUCGGAGAAUGAGUUGAUGACUUACUAUAAACAUUACGGAAAAAGAUGUGGUUUUGGAAUAAUGACACAAAGGAGUAGAAGGGAGAAGGAUGAGACUAUCAAAUAUGUCACUCUUGGAUGUGCUCGUGGUGGCAAGGCACGAAAUAGGACGUCAAACGUCUCCAAGCCUAGACCCACAAGCAAGACAGAUUGCAAGGCAAGGAUGAAUGUGUUGUUGAAGGAUGGGAAACUGUGUGUCACAUCAGUCUUUAACACACACAAUCAUGUGCUCAGUCCAAAAAAAUCUAGGUUCUUCAGAUGUAAUAGAGAAGUUAAUGAAUCUGUUAGGAGGGUGCUGGAUACAAAUGAUCAAGCUAGCAUAUGGUUGAAUAAGAGUUUCUAUGCUCUUGUGAUUGAGGCUGGUGGGUUUGAGAACCUACCGUUUGGAGAAAAAAAUUGUCGUAACUAUAUUGAUAAGUCACGACACCUACGCUUUGGUAAAGAUGGUGCUCAAGCACUAUUUGAGUAUUUUGGAAGGAUGCAAUUGAAGAAUGAUGGUUUUUUUGGCCUCAUGGAUUUGGAUGAUGAUGAUUGGAUGAGGAAUGUAUUUUGGACAGACGCCCGUAGUAGAGGGGCAUACAUCUACUUUGGAGAUGUUGUAACAUUUGGUACUACAUACCUGACAAAUAGGUAUGGAAUGCCAUUUGCACCUUUCGUGGGUGUAAAUCACCAUGGACAGUCAAUCCUUUUGGGUGCAGGCCUUAUUUCAAGCGAGGAUAUAGAAUCAUUUGUAUGGUUAUUUAAAACUUGGCUCGACUGCAUGAGUGAAAAAGCGCCGCAUACUAUUAUUACAAAUCAAGAUCGAACAAUGAAAAAUACGAUCGCCAUUGUCUUUCCCAACACGCGGCAUAGAUAUUGCUUGUGGCAUAUAUUGCGAAAGGUCCCUGAAAAGCUUGGUUUUCAUCUUCAAUACCAAUGUGGCCUGAAAAGUAAGUUGCUAUCUUGUGUCUAUGACUCCUACACUAUCGAUGAGUUUGAGAAUUCUUGGAAUGUCGUGAAGGAUAUGUUCAACUUGCAUGAAAAUGCAUGGUUGCAAAGCUUAUAUGCGGAGAGAGAAUUUUGGGUGCCGGUAUAUUUAAAAAACUCAUUUUGGGUUGGAAUGAGUACAACUCAACACUGUGAGAGUAUGAACGCUUUCUUUGACGGCUAUAUGCAUGCCAAGACAAAUCUUAAAGAGUUUGUUGAUCAAUUCGACAAUGCAUUGAAGAAAAAAAUUGAGAACGAAAACCAAGCAAAUUUCCAUUCAUUUAACUUCACCAUUCCUUGCAUAUCACAUUUGGCUAUUGAGAAGAAGUUUCAAGAGGUGUAUACAAAUGCAAAAUUUUGGGAGUUUCAACAAGAGAUAAUAGGAAUGAUAUAUUGUCAUUGUCAUUUCCAAAAUAUGGAUGAAGUAAUCGUAACUUACUCAGUAGAUGAUGAAGUUAAGGCUGAAGAUUUCAUCAAGGAGGUUACUUAUACUGUUUACUUUAAUGAGGCUGAGUGUGUUUGUGGCUUGUUUGAGAUGCGAGGGAUAAUAUGUAGACAUAUUAUUGCCAUAUUUUCAGCUAGGAAAGUCCGUGAGUUGCCAGAAAAGUAUAUAUUGGAUCGGUGGAGAAAAGACAUAAAAUGCAGAUAUACUAUUAUUCCGAGCAGUUAUGACAUUAUUGAUCAGAGACCUGAAACUGAAAGGUAUAAACGUCUAUUGAAAAUUUGUUAUGAGGUAAUAACAAAUACAACGUCGUGCGAUGGGCAUACUAAGGACAUGGUAUCGAAGUUGUAUGCGAUGAAUGAGGUAUACCGCACCUCGAAGACCCACCACAUGGAUUCCAUUGUUGGAGUUAGUAAUGUGAAUGUAGCCACCGAAGGAAGUUCUAAAAAAGUGUUAAGUCUCCAUGUUGUUAGAGGCAAGGGAAGACCUCCGUGUAAUAGGAGAAUGUCGAUGAUGGAGGAACGGGUGAAGAAAAUAAAAACUAAAGCAGCUAAAAAGAAAAAAGAUACGGGAAAAAGUAGACUUGUGAGUGCUUGUUAA